UCAAGAUCUCGACCAAUGAGCGCUGCGAAUGACAUUUAAAAACCAAGACAGCCUGACAUCGCCGUCUCAGCAUGCUGUAGUGUUUAUAGUCCUUUUCGCUCGUUGUGGGAAAUAUAAUACAAGAUGGGAAAAGGCAAAAAGUCCACUUCUGUUGACGGCGGUAUAAACGAGAAAGUCGAAGGGGCUAAAGAAAACACCGACGGAAAACCCACGACAUGCCAAGUACAGCCAACAAUACAUAGUUGUCUGAAUCUAAACAAGCCUCCCAGGAAUAACCCUCUUAGCCUUAUUUUCGAGGAGAACACAGCGACGGACCGUUCACCUCAAGACACCGGCGCACAGAGUCACGAUGCAGAGCCGAAAGCACCUAAAAAAGCGGACACUGGCAAACAGAGCCUUAUUUGUGGACCUAAUGACCAGACUGAUGCGUCUCAUAAACGGUCUGGGACAAGGAAGCAAACAAAAUCUGGGCCCAGGAUAAACGGUGAAAAGCCAAAAGACCGAAAGUUGAAAAACAAAGAAUCAGAACCCAAUCGAAAGGUCACCGAUUAUUUUCCUGUUAGGAGAAGUUGCAGGAAAAGCAAAGCUGAGUUGAAGUGUGAAGAGCAGCAGCACCUUGAUGAUCUCAUCAAAAACAAUGUCGAAGAGGGACUAAAGGUGAAAAGCAUUGAUGGAAAAGGACGAGGUGUUUUCACAGACCGAGCGUUUCAGAAAGACCAGUUUGUAGUAGAAUACCAUGGGGAGUUGUUAGAGAUUGCUGAUGCUAAAGCAAGAGAAUCUCAAUACUCUCAAGACCCAGCCACUGGCUGCUACAUGUACUAUUUCCGCUACCAUGACAAAACCUACUGUGUGGAUGCUACAAAAGAGACUGGCCGUCUGGGCCGAUUGAUCAACCACAGUAAGAACGGCAACCUUCGGACCAAGCUGCAUGAGAUACACGGCACACCUCACCUCAUCUUCCUGGCUUCCAGAGACCUCAGAGUGGACGAGGAGCUGCUUUAUGAUUACGGUGACCGCAGUAAAGAAGCCAUCGCUGCUCAUCCUUGGCUUAAGCUUUAAUGCACUCUGUUUUAAUUGUCUUGUUCUAAUAGCAUUUGAAUUAGUGGAAUAACAUAGACAUGCAUUGAUGUUUGGAACAGCCAAACCUUUCACUGUUACAGAUGGUACCAUAAGAUGAACUGUGUGGUGUUUUGGAAGACCGCAGCACCUGUAAAAUUGUUUUAAAUUAUUUUUACAUUCUGGGUUGACCGAAUGAUGUGAACUUUUAAAGCUAUGUGUGGGUUUUUUUUUUUUUUUUAAAUAUACAUAGUUCUCAGUGAAAAUGUACUCCCCCCUCAUGUUAUUCCAAACUUUUAGGACCUUGUCUUAUUCUUAAGAUAAGAUGACCUUUUUCCACACAGUGUGUCUCAUUUGUGGAAAACAAUGAUUGGUUAAAAAAUUGCCUUGUUUUUCCACAAGAGAAACAUGGAACAGAUGGUUUUUGUACUGACAUGAGGGUGAGCAAAGUUUUUUUUUUUUUUUUUUUUUUUUUUUGUGGACUAGUCAUUUUUAAUAAGGCAUGUAUAAGAACACCAGCCUCUGAUGCAAGUAUUUUCUAAUGGGUGUAGUUGCUGUACAUUUUUUUUUAUAUGUGCAAAAUGAAGAGUUUUAUUCGUGAAGCAAUUACACAUUUUUAAGAAAUUGUUGUUUUUGAAUCGUUGGUCUUAGAUUUAAUAGGGAUUUACAACGCUACACAUAUAAACCAUGUGCUUAAAGGAAUAAUUGCUUCUAUUUUAUAGUGGUACCGGUCAUGUUCUGUUUCAAUAUAAUUUUAGCAAGCAUCUAGCCUUAGAGUCUUCUGGUUAGAAUUACGUGUUUUCAUGAUAUGACAUUUGAGAUGCUGUGCAUUGAAGAUUUAUUAAUUUUAUAAGUAAAAUAAUUUUUUUGGAUUUAGAAAAAAAUAUCUAAAACAACCAUUUGUGCAAAGUUUUGUACAACUGAAAUGUUUUUGUACAUGCAAAGGAAUUCUGUUCUUUGCGGUGAAGAACGUUUGUAACCAGGAUGUUCUUGGUCACCAUUGACUUUCAUUGUU